AGCACUGAUCUCCCCAGCAUGUUUGCUUUGCGACGCACUCUCGUCGGAACAUCACCUCUUUCAAGGUUUCAUCAAGGUCAUCGACGUGCCUUCACAUCACCUUCCGGCGGCACGAACCCUUGGCUGAACGAUAAAAGUCUGUAUCCGCUCUUGGGCAUAGUUGGCUUGACCGUCCUAGUUGGAGUUUGGUAUGGUCCCUAUUAUCAUUACAAAUCACCUGAGAAGCAGGCCCCGAUGCGUCGUCGUACUUCAGUCCUGACCCAAAAGGAACCGCAUGAAGCCGGCAAACCUUUCGGCGAGGAACUUUAUAAGAAAUCAGAGGACUUAACGAAGGGUAUUUACGGAGUGACGGUUAAAGACACGGAAACCGUAAAGGAUGAGGAAAAGGGAAAGCUUUAAGGGACAAUUAUAAACUGGGAAGACUCCAUCUUUCACCUACCGAACAAAAGGCUGUGAGCAUUACAGGUAUAUGACGAGAUCAAUACGAGACUUAGAAGCCAAUGUAGUAAAAUGAACAAAGCGCGAUGAAAUGAGGACAAAUGGGAUUUAGGCAUACGAGUGAAUUGGAAGAGGAGUGAUAACUCCAGUCCUAUUGCUGGCGCUUGGGCUCUGUUUUUGGUGGAUUUUUUUGCCUUCGAAAAGAAAUGUGCUUGAUUUUGAUUAGA